AUGCUCCACGUUGGUGACCAGUGUGACCACAGGUCAGAGCAGCAGAGGUCAGACGGGCUCUCUGCAGAACGUCACACAGAAGAAAAAGAAGAAGAGAACGAGAAGAAGCAUAGAAGAAGAGAAGGACGCCACAGACACGGACUUCUGUUGCUCUCUGUGCCACAGGGCUGUGGUUGGUCACUUCUGUCUGUCCACAGGAAGUUCUCCACCAAACUCACACUGAGACGCCACCUGGGAAUCCACGGAGGAGACAAACCGUACACCUGUCCUCACUGCUCCUACUGCAGCCGCCUGAAGGCCUCGCUGCUGCAACACCUGAGGACACACACAGGUGAGAAGCCGUACAGGUGUGCUGAGUGUCCGUAUGCUUCUAUAGAUCGCAGCUCUCUGCUCCGACACAUCAGGACUCACAGUCAGGAGAAACCCUACAGGUGUCAACUCUGUGACUACAGCAGUAUCCAGAAGAAGAGUUUGGACCUUCACGCUCGCCGUCAUCAUACUGGUGAGGCGUUUCCAUGCCAACAGUGUGAUUACUCAAGUCCAGACCGCCAGCUGUUGCUCAGACACAUGCGCAGACACCACGCCCCCUCGCAGCACGCUAGGCUUUGACAGCUGAUCGGACGCUCUGAUUGGACUGUUAGCCAUAUGACGACUUUGUCCCAUUUGAUGAUGUCACCAGACCUGCUGCUGAUGUCACAGACACUCUGAGUUUUUAUUGGUUGUUUUUUUUAUUUGCUGAACUUUUGAAAUUAAACUAAAAAAAUCUGGUGAAACACA